CUUUGGGACGCCGCGAUAUAACGUUUGUGUAACUCAACAAAAAGUGCGAAAAUCGAAAAGGUUUGGUGAACGUUGUGUACAAUCAGCAUUAGCUGCGACUAUAGUGUUUGGAAGAUGUAGUUGCAUGUGGCAGCACAGAUUCCAAGACGUACAUUUUGAGCAUUGAUAUGUUUGUGAAAUGUGUUACAAUGUGAUAACAAAGUUUUUAACUCGUUUUACCACUACAAAGGAUCAAAUUCAUAAUAUAUGCGUGAUUUAUCCAUAGCUAAAUGAUGAGGCGUAGUUCUCGUAGGAGUAGAAACUCAGUUGGAGAAUCUUCAAACGAAGAUGUAUUUUGCAGAUUAGAUCAGAUAUUGAGAUUUCAACCUAAAGAGAAUAACAAUCCAUUUACUUGCCCAAGAGAUGCAAAAACAAAUUUACGAAAGUCGUUGCUUGUCAAGGUAGCUUCUAAAAAGCAAGAACGCAAUAUAUUAUGUAGCACUCCGAAGGUUCAACGACAACCAGAAGACACAUUUCCAAAUGAUAUUUCUGCUAUAAAUUCAAGCGAUAUCAACCCUAUUAAAAAUGUAGAUGAAAAUAAUGCAGAGAACUUGAGUGACAAAAAUAUUUAUAGAACUAAAGGCUCAAAUAAAUUAAUUUUAGGAAAAGAAUUAAAUAAAACUACAGACCCAAAAAAAUCAAAAGAUCUGGUAGUGUUACUUAAUUCUUACGAUAAUAGUCCAACUAAAUGUGAAAAAAAUGAGGACAAUGUACAACUCGAGAAAAGAUCCCUUAAAGAAAAUACAGAGAAAAAACACCUUCCUCAGUCAAAUUCAUCUGAUGAAGAUCAAUGUGAUGUAACAAAACCUAACAGUUCCGUUAUAAACAUUACUGAUUCUACUGAAGGCACUCCUAAAACAUCCAAUAAUUUGAUACAGCCCAUUAAUGAUAAAUCGGCUAGUAAUAUAUUUACCACUUCUCCAAAAUCUUUAGAAAACUUAGGUUCUUCACGUGAACAAAAAGUGUUGGAGGAUUCACCACAAACACGUGAGCACAUAGCUUCAGAUAGGUCACCUCGUACACCACCUUCGCAAAAUAUUUCUAGAAAAAUAACUCCAAGAAAGUCUAAACAUUCAAAGUCAUAUAAAAGAACUAAUAUUAAUGAGGUCUCUAAAAUAUUACCAGUGGCUAAUAGAGAAUCUGUUCACCUGGAAAACUCAAAUGAUGUACAAGAUUUGUCACAUGAUUUAGAUACAUCAGAAUUAGUUAAUCAGAAAAGAAACAAAACAAAACAAGAUGUUUUGGAAGCUACAACACUAUCAAAACGUAAAACGCCAGGUGAUAAAGUCAUGGUAGUGGUUAAUAAUUUGUUAUUACAGGCUUCACAAUCAAAAAAUAAAUCAAACAGUAAUGAUAACACAAUUAAUAAAGAAAAUGUUGAAAAACCAGCAGAGAUUUCCCCAGUUCAAUUGCAAUCAAUACAUACAGAUAAUGUAGAAGAUUCAGACAACUCUUCAAGAGCUUCUUCAUAUAGUGAUUUUAAUACUUUUGAUCAGCAAGUCCUUUACAAAACAUUACCUUCAGCCGAUAAUAAUUUUAAUUUUUCAUCUAGUUUAAAUGAUAUACCUAUAAAAAAUUGGGAAGGCCCUUGGAGACCUGAUAUAGAAGAAGGUCUAUUUCAAAUGGAUGGAACAUCAAUCCCACAAAACAUUUUUCAAAGAUCUCACAAAACUAAUGAAACUUAUUAUGAUAAAAAUAAAAAGAGGAUGCAGAGAAAGAAAUCUCAGUAUGGUAGACUAAACCAUGUAUCUAAUAAAAGCCACUUAUUAAAUGAUCAACAACAACCAGCACAUACUGAUAAUUCAUUUGAUUCAACAUUAAUUCUUAAUAAUGUUGAACAAGAAGUAUCAAAUGAUAACGCCACAAUUACAACUACACCUAAAAGAAAAAUCGUAACAGACAAAAAUAAUGUUGCUCAUGGAAAAUCAAACAAUGCCGUUAGAGUUAUAAAUAGUUCUAAAACAACAACAAAGGAAAAAUCAGAGAUCAACAUAAUAAGUACAUACGUAUCUAAAAGAAACACUCCGACAGAAGAGAUAAAUGUUGUACCUGAAAAGUCGAAUAAUAACAUGACAAUUGCCAAUACAUCUAAAAGAAAAAUUUUAACAAAGGAAAAUAAUGCUGUACUUGAAAAUUCAAAUAAUAACGUCACAAUAGUUAACACAUCUAAAAGAACAAUUCCCACAGAAGAAAAUAAUGCUAUACUUGAAAAGUCAAAUAAUAAAGCCACAACUGCCAACACGUCUAGAAGAAAAAUUCUAAGCGAGAAAAAUGAUACUGUACUUGAAAAGUCAAAUAAUAACGUGACAGUGGUCAACAUAUCUAGAAGAAAAAUUCCUACAGAGGAAAAUAAGGCUGUACUUGAAAAAUCAAAUAAUAACUUAAUUGGAAACACAUCUAAAAUAAAAAUUCUAACAGGGGAAAACAUUUCUGUACUUGAAGAGGCAAAUAAUGAUGUUACAAUUACAAACACAUCUAAAAGAAAAAUUCCAAAAGAGGAAAAUAAGGCUGUACUUGAGGAGGCAUAUAAUAAAGUUACAAUUGCAAGCACAUCUAAAAGAAAAAUUCCAGAAGAGGAAAGUAAUGUAACACUUGAGAAAUCAAACCAUAACGACGAUACGAUUGUCAACGCAUCUAAAAGAAACUUUCCAACAGAGGAAACUAAUGGCGUUCUUGAUAAAUCGAACAAUAACAUUUCAAUUGCACCUAAAGAAAAAAAUCCAUCACAGAAAAAUAAAAGUAUACAGUCGAACGAUGUGGGCACUCAAGUAAGCAAGACUCAAAAUGAAGAAGUCACUGAAAUUAAUCUGGAUAUAGCUACAUUAAACAAAUCAUUAAAAACAAUUAAGGAUAUAGCAUCGGAACUUUCUUUGUUACAUUCUGCCUCUGGAUCACGGCGGCAAAUGACACAAAACACAGAAGACGGCGAUGAAACAGCAACUGAUCAGAAUAAUGGUAUUCGGAAGUCUGUUAGAAAGAAGACGGUCUCCAAAAGUGUACUAUUAUAUGAUUGCCAUGUCUUAGAAAAGCGUAUAUUUAAAGUGCCCGACAAUAAACGUAAAAAACGCAUUACUAAGAAUGUUGAGCCUGUCAGACCUGAAGGGAAUUCCAAGAAAGAUAGAAAAAAGAAGGCAGUUGUUUCAUCAGUUAACAAAGAGAAUGAACAACAAUUGUCAAAUAACAUACCAAGUUUAGAUGAUAAUCAAGAACCUUUCAUGGAAUAUGCCACUGAAGAAAAUGAACCUCACAUAACCAGUACAUCUAACCUCCAGAAAACUUCAACUACUGCUAAAGGAAAAAAUGAGGAAUUCUUGUCGAGAAAAGAUUCAACAAUUACACAGAACAGUGAGCAAAAGCAACACAUAGAGAAAGCCAUGAAAGAAAGUAAUUAUAAUGAUGAACCUGACAUCACUAGUACAUCAAAACCAAAUAUAACUACAACAGCCAAAAGAAGAGGCAGAAAAAAGAAGGUAACUUCAGAAGUACACACGAAUACACAAACAAGAACAGUUUCUCUGAUAAAUAACGUUAAUGACAUCCAAAAUCCAAAUGUUGAAACAAGAAAGGAUGAAGAGAAUUAUGAAUCUCAAUUAAUUAGCACAUCUAAACCUGAAGAAAACACAGUUCCCAAAAGAAGAGGCAGAAAAAAGAAGGUAACUGCAGAAGUACACUCCAUCAUAAAUACAGAGGCAAAAGCCUCUUUGAUGAAUAAUGAUAGAUUCGACAUUCAAGAAACUAGGACUGGUAGCGCAAUAACGAAUACUUUGGACAUUGUCGAUAUGGAUAACGUUGGUAACAACCACAAUCCAAAUAUUGAAACAAGAAAAGGUGAAGAGAACUGUGAAUCUGAUUUUAUUACCACAUCUAAACCUGAAGAAAACACAAUUCCCAAAAGAAGAGGCAGAAGAAAGAAGGUAACUACAGAAGUAAACUUCAUCAUAAAUACACAGUCAAAAACCUCUUUGAUGAGUAAUGAUAGAUUUGACAUUCAAGAAACUAGAACUGGUAGCGCAAUAACUAAUACAUUGGACAUUGUCAAUAUGAAUAACAUUAAUGACAGCCAAAAUCCAAAUAUUGAAACAAGAAAAGAUGGAGAGAGCUAUGAAUCUCACUUUAUUAGCACAUCUAUCCCUGAAGAAAACACAAUUCUCAAAAGAAGGGGUAGGAAGAAAAAGGUUCCAACUGACGGGUCUGGUAAUGCAAAUGAAAACCUUAAUAAAUUUAGUAUUGAAGGCGUAUUCUUAAAUAAUCUUGACAACGCAGAUUGCAUGCAAAAUAAACACGAGAUGGAAGUACCAUUGGAAACAAAUGAAUACACCGACAGACUUUCCGUUGUUAGUUCGCCGAUCCCCAAAAAGAGAGGCAGAAAAAGCAAUCUUGAGCGUGCAAGAAGAAAAGCAGUUGAAUCUGCUGCAGAAAGUCGCACUAUCAAUGCAACUGAAGGCUUAUUUGACAGGUGUAGCGUCAUGAGAAGCAGUUUCGGAUCCGUAUUGUACAACUCUGUAAAUAAUACGAUUCCUAAUCAAACCAUCCUGAGUUCCGUAUUACAUAAUUGUGAUGGAAAUUCUGUAGGGUACUUCAGACUGAGGCCACAAAGCCCCACACUAGGACAAAUGACUUCAAAGAGCAAUUUAUAUUUCGUCACAUUAAUAGGACAAGGUAUCAUCACAUUUAAUGACCAAGAUUACCACAUUUUUGAAAGUGAAAAUACAGUCGUCAAGGUUCCUGCUGAUAAUGACUACACAAUUACAAAUGUUGAUGACAGCAAAACACUUCAGCUACUGUAUAUUAAAAAUUAAAAAGACAUCUAGUACUUGUAUAAUUGCAUCUUCAAUAUUAUAUAGUACAAUAAGUUAUUUGAUUUUGUUUUCUAUUUAUAAGAAUAAAUGUACUGAGAUGUAAAUAAUAUUAUUGCUGGACGAAAUGAGCUAGGUUAAAUUAAGAGUUGUAUUUUUUUUUUGUUGUUACAAUCUGUGUAAGUCUAGGUAAAACCAUAUACAUAUAUUAAUGAUUUUAAUUAUAUUUUAUAUAUAUAAUAAAUAAUGAGACCACA